UCUUCCAUGCCUAGUGUUUCCUUCACAAUUGGUGCAAAGGUUUUUGAACUCUCCCCACAGGAGUACAUACUCAAGGUGGGCGAGGGCCCUGCAGCUCAGUGCAUCAGCGGCUUUACAGCUUUAGAUGUUCCUCCGCCUCGCGGACCUCUCUGGAUCUUGGGAGAUAUCUUCAUGGGUCGCUACCACACUGUCUUCGAUUUCGGUAGGCUGAGAGUCGGAUUUGCAGAGGCAGCAUAGAAAUCUGGCCUGCACCGUAAUCCUUAUCUAUUACUGUUUAAUGCGUGUAACUUCUUUAAACGUGACAAAGUGAAAUGAUGGAAUAUUGUGUUGCUUGUAUAUAUUCUCUGUUAUGAAUCUGAAUAUUUAAGUGGUAUGUAUGUGCAUUGAGGGCUAUGGAUUUGCUGUCGUUAUUUUGUUGA